GUAGUUGCAGUUUCACACCAUCUUGUUAAGUUCAAAGUCUGGAGCUAUGAUGAUCAAUUCCAAGAGGGUCGUGGAGAUGACAAAGAAAUGGCGAAAGGUGGCUUCUGUUGGGAGGAAGAGAAUCUCACUGCCGCCGAGAACAGACAAAGGUUCUGGUGUAGAAAAAACCGGUGAGUUGCUGCUAGCUGCUAAGGGUCAUUUCGUCGUGUACACUGCCGAUAAAAGACGAUUUGUUAUUCCCUUGACAUAUCUAAACAGCAAUAUAUUCAGAGAGCUCUUCAGAAUGUCGGAAGAGGAGUUUGGAUUACCAAGAAACGGACCUAUCACAUUGCCUUGUGAUGCUGCCUUCAUGGAGUAUGUUGUCUCGCUGGUUCAAGGACAUGCAUCCAAAGAUUUGGAGAAAGCUUUGCUCAUCUCUAUGGAUGCUGGACGCUUCUCAGCCUUCUCUUCUCAUCCUCUAGGACAGACCUAUCAACAACAACUUCGUUGCUUUUAGUAAGAAAAUUAUAUAUGCACGUCUAUCCCAAGAUUUUUGACUUGUACAGUACUAGCUAGUUAGUCCCAAUUCUCUGAGCAUGGAAAGAAAGAAUCAGUAUUUUCGUUUUCUUUGUCUGGGUCGUAGUCUUUUAGCUAGUUUGAUAUAAGUAAGUAUUUUGGCUGCAGUUCGUAGCUAGCUUCUCUAACUGGAUCAACUGUCUUUUAAUUUGUUGCGUUUAA